AUGGGUCGCUCACCCAAUGGUAUACUCUUCGAUAUGGCCCGAGAUAUCAUUCAAUUGCGAAAAGAGAAUCCAAGUCUUCGUCGCAAAGAUUUAUUGCAACUAAUGUUAGACACAAAGAUGUCGACCGAAGAGAUGUCGUCAAUGAGUUACGAGAAGAUGACCGCAGGAAAUGAUAAGGAGAGUCAAGCGAACGGUCAAAACGGUGCCAAAAAUGGUACGAAUGGUGUUAAACACGGAGUAAAGAGUGAUAUUGUUUUAACUGAAGAUGAAAUCAAAGCCAAUUCUGUACUCUUCUAUGAGGCGGGAUAUGAGACGACGAGUACAGCACUCGGUUUUAUGGCUCACAUUCUCGUCAAUUAUCCCGAUAUACAGGAAAGAGUGAGAGAAGAGGUGCGACAACUCCAUGAAAAUGAGGGUAAACUGGAUUUCAAUUGUGUAAAUAAGUUGGAAUACUUGGAAUGUGUUCUCAACGAAACCAUGAGAAUAUAUCCGCCGGUCAUUACAUUUGUGUCCCGAGAAUGUCUUCAGGACUACAAAUACAAAGACAUAACUAUACCAAAAGGUGCCGGCGUUCAGAUCGCUACUCAUUAUCUCCAUCACGACCCGGACUAUUGGCCCGAACCCGAGGUCUUCGAUCCCGAGAGGUUUAGCGCCGACCGGAAGCACGAGAUUCACCCGAACUCAUGGCAACCCUUCGGAAGUGGUCCACGAAAUUGCAUUGGAUUGCGAUUUGCUUUAUUUGAGGCCAAACUAGCGUUGGCUAAACUCCUUCUUAACUAUCGACUAAUUCCCGGCCCGAAGACAGAGAUGGGAGCGCUAACCACUGAUAUCAAGAUAAUAACACUUACGCCCAAAAAUGGUGUUUAUGUCAAAGCAGUCAAACUAUAA